CGAAGACUGACGGAAAGGGCCGAAAAGGUGCGAUUGCAAACAUUCGCCGCUUAUCAUAUGCAUUUAUUUGUUAAUUUACAGUGCAUAAAAUGUCUGGGAAAGGGAGGAAAUCUAAUUCAUCGAAGAACGAAAUACGGAGUUUCCUUUUAUGGAUAUUUUACUGUUUUCUUGACCCAGUAGAGUUUAUUAUAAGCAAAAUAGUUUCAGCUAUAAAAUUGCUGAUGGACUUGUCUUUGCGCUUUACGAAACAAGUAUACAGGCUUGUUUACAGGCUUGUUAGUGGUGCUUUUCAGUUCGCCUUGUUUAUAUAUUGGGACACUGUUGGAAGAUAUCAAUAUUUGUUAGAUGAAUAUGAACAAGCUGAAAGUAGUCUGACCGAAUCCAAAGAAAAAAUCACCAAACUAAAAAAGGACGCUAAACUAGCUAAACAGGAGAUUGGACGAUUAGAGAAAACUUUGAGUUCAGAACAACGUGAAAGAAUGAGUGCAGAGGAGAGAAAUAAGGAGUUGGAACUACAUAUACAUGAACUAGAAAAGGAGAAGACAGUAGCUCUUAAACGGUUAAGUGCCCAGGUGUCUGUCAAGUUGCGUGACAAUAAUCCCAAAAUAGCAGAUUUGAAUGACGAAUUUCGACCAACAAAACUGGCAGAGAUGUUUGGUGAACUGUACGAUAACGAAUGGACAUAUGCCUUUAACUCACUUGAGAGUUGUUUCGGAGAGCAGCUGUGCAUAAAAGUUCUUCUUGAUAUUGUUAUGGAAGCAUAUGCAUUUUGUGAAACAAAAGUUGCCGAGCCAUGGGCUGUACUUGAUGAAUGGUUUCUUGAUAAGAAUAUCAAGGGUGCACAGAAUACAAUAAAAUGGCUCAAAGACAGUCGUAAAAUCAUUGUUAGAAGAAAAGUCCCGAGUAUUCAAAAGGAAUACGAAUGUGAACUGUUGUCUGCAUGCAAGAAAGAUGAUUUGAAAGAGCAUUUACUAAAGGAGCCAAUGAAGUUGUUCAUAGCUAAAUGCAUCGAGCUUUGCUUGUUGAUGACAACAACUGAUCCACCUAUUGUUAUGGAUUGUCCACUUCGGGAACCUUUUCUAAAACUUUCCUCAAAGAACUUGACUGAAAUAAAAAAUAAUUGUGAUGGUCGUAAUAUUGGGCCUCAAAAUCAAACAUUUCAUAAAAAAUAUCUUAUCAAUUGUGAAAAUGCCUCAAGCAUAGACAGACAGAAGUGUAUAUUCGAUAAAGGCUCAUUUAAAGAGUAUACUUGUCGAGGCACAUAUCUGGAUUUCGUCGUUUGGCCUGCAUUAUUUUUACACAAAGGAGGCCCCUUGCUUAACAAAGGUGUUGCACAAGGAAUAAAGACUCACUGAUAUAGUUGAAAUGCAUAAAACAGUUAAAAAAUGAUAAAAAUGUCCAAAAACUCAAA